AUGGUAACGGACCUGUUCCCAGAAGAAUUGCGUAGUGCUAGCAUCGCAAUUACGUAUCAUAUCUGUGACAGCAAUGAAUGGGAACUAUUCGCACUUGAAGUCUCUCUACGCAUAGUAGAGAAAGGCUCGACCGCGGAUGAAGGCCCCGACUUCGAAAUUCCCGAUUUCUGCGAGUACCACACUGUGGCUUGGAGGACUACCGUAUGUCCAACUCAACCUCAUGAACGAGGAACGGAAGAUGCCACUUCAAAGUACGGAGAAGAGGGUCAUAAAGCCGUUAUGGAUACUCGGCUGCAACUUUCUACAACCGAUGACCAAAACAUUUGCUGCGUCAACGAAAGCUGGCACAAGCUUGGUCGGACCGUGCAAACCCCGAAUGUUGCCAGUGCCGUUGAAUGGGAUGAUUGUGAAAGCGCAUCGUCUGUCGGUAGAAUCAUCCCAAACUCUCACAUCUUCAUCUCUCCCCCGGCGUCUAAUGUGGAGCAGUGUGAGGUCUAA